AUGUUCUUUGUAAACCUGAAAAUAGAUUUUAUCAUCACAGUGUUGCUGAAUCCAGAGCAGCGGAGCAAGCUAGUUGCACUUGGUGCGUGUUCCGCUUUCAAACUGGAGGGGGAUCCUGGACAGCCACGUAGACAUGCUCAACACUGGAAGAAAAAGCGCAGCGGCCGGAGACGAGCCACCGCCAGUCAACCGAGGGAGGUGUCGCAGCAGCUAAGUACGAAUCUGGGUGAUUCCAGCCCUCCGGAGUCCCCAGUGCCUCCGGUCCAUAGCCGCCCUACGGUUCUGAUGCGGGCUCCGCCUGCUUCCUCCCGGGCACCUCCUGUCCCUUGGGAUCCACCUCCACUGGACUUGCACGCUCCCCUGACUCCAUGGCAGGCUCCUCAGCCUUCCUGGGAGGCUCCAGAGGGCCAGCUGCCUGCCCCAGUGGCUCAGCUGGCCCAGCCUCCUGCCCUAGGGGCCCCAAUGGUCCAGGCUCCACCUUUGGGGGGGGCGAUGGCCAAGCCUCCAACUCCUGGAGUCUUGAUGGUCCAUCCACCCCCUCCGGGAGCCCCAAUGGCCCAGCCUUCAACUCCGGGAGUUCUGAUGUUGCAUCCUCCUGUUCCGGGGGCCCCUUUGGCUCAUCCAGCUCCCCCAGGAACCCCGAUGACACACCCUCCUCCUGCUGUCACACCAAUGGCCCAUCCUCCUCCUCCUCCUCCUCCACCACCUCCUCCUCCUGGAACCCCGAUGGCCCACCCACCUCCUCCUCCUCCUGCGACCCCGAUGGCCCACCCUCCUCCUCCUCCUGGAAACCCUAUGGUGCAUCCUCUCCCUCCCGGAACCCCGAUGGUCCAUCCUCCCCCAUCUGGACCGCCAAUUCCGCAUGCUCCCAUUCCGGGGGCACCAAUAGCUCAGCCACCAACUCCAGGAGUCCUGAUGGCGCAGCAGCUGACACCAGGAGUCCUGAUGGUCCAGCCUCCUGCUCCGGGAGCACCGAUGGUCCAGCCUCCUCCACCAGCUGCCUUGUUGACCCAGCCUCCACCUUCGAUAACUCCGAUGGCCAAGCCUGGUGUCGCAGGUCCUGGUGUCGUGAUGAUCCAUCCUCCAGGUGGCAGAGCUCCAAUCAUUCAGACUCCAGUAUCAGGAGCACCAAUGGCGCAGCCAGUGAUACCCCCAGGGCAGCCUUUGGCUUCUUGGGCCCCACAGGGUCAGCCUUUGAUCCUGCAAAUCCAGUCUCAAGUCAUAAGGGCUCCUCCACAGGUUUCCACUGUUCCACCAGCCCCCCAGGUGCAGCUGGCCACACCCCAAGGCUGGCAAGCCACCACACCCAACUGGCAGGUGACCCCCCAGGGUUGGCAGGGCACGCCCUUGACCUGGCAAGCCACGCAGGUCACUUGGCAGGCCCCUACGAUAGCCUGGCAGGCCCCUCCACCUGUGCGCCAAGGGCCCCCACCCAUUCGGCCUGGUCCCCCACCCAUUCGACCUGGACCACCUCCAGUGCUCCGCCAGAUGCCUCCUGUGAUCCGUCAGGCUCCACCUGUGCUGCGGCAAGCCCCACCACUGAUCCGCCCAGCCCCUCCACCUAUCAGACCAGCUCCACAUGGCAUAGCAAGUCAGCCUCAGCUGUGGCAAGUCCUGCCACCCCCACCUCCACUGCGUCAGGCUCCACAGGCUCGUCUACUGGUCCCGAGGGUGCCAGGGGCAGCCCAGGUGCCUACAGCACCAGCAGUUGCUCAGAUACAUUUGGUGCCACAGGCAGGCCCACAGGUACCCCAGACAGUGCUGCCAGGACCACUGUCUAUCCCAAUUCCUGUACCCCAGGCUGCCUCUCAGUCUGCUCCACGGGCUGUGCAUUGCCCAUCCAUCAUUUGGCAGGCCCCCAAAGGCCAGCCACCGGUGCCACAGGAGCUCCCGGUGCCACAGGAGCUCCCGGUGCCACAGGAGCUCCAGAUGCCACAGGAGCUCCCGGUGCCACAGGAGCUCCAGAUGCCACAGGAGCUCCCGGUGCCACAGGAGCUGCAGGUACCACAGGAGCUCCCCGUGCCACAGGAGCUGCAGGUGCCACAGGAGCUCCCGGUGCCACAGGAGCUCCAGGUGCCACAGGAGCUCCCCGUGACAUUGGAGUUCCAGGAGGUACAGCAGGCCCAGACAAUGGGCUGGCGGGCCCCCAAGGUACCCAGUCACUUCUGGCAGCCUGUGCCUGCCCAGGAGUCCCAGGAGCAGGCCACUCAGAUCACCCACGUGGAGCAACAGCAGCCCUUUCAGGGAGCUCCAGCCUCCCCCAAAGCACUGCAAACUCAGCUGCCUGCCCACCAGGCCCAGCCCACAGGCCUGCAGGCUGAACUGCCCUCAGUGCAACUGCAGCCUUCUUGGCAAGGCCCACUCCCCUUGUUGCAGGCCCAGCCUGGAACCUCUGCCACGCCGACAGAUUUUCCCAGGGGCCCCACUAGAUCACUUGUGACUCUGUCAGGAGAACCUGGCCCCUCUUCUCUAGAACCUCGUGGGCCUUCUAGAGAACGGAGGACCCCUGCAAAGGACAAAAAGGGUCCUCCAAAAGAGCGCAUGAUCAUUGGUGCCACCUUCUGUGCUCCCAGGGCAGCAUCAGCUUCCAGGGCAUACCUGCCAACUGCCUGGAAAAACUUGCCUGCCACAUCAGAGACCUUUCCUCCCACCUCAAGGGUCUUUCCAUCUACCUCUCAUUUCCAGCCUGCCUCUAAUGCCUUUAGAGGCCCAUCUGCCACCUCAGAGAGCCCAAAGUCACUGCCAUAUGCUGUGCAGGAUCCUUAUGCCUGUGUAGAGGCCCUGCCUGCAGUUCCCUGGGUUCCAUAUCCUGAUGCGAAUGCCUCACCAGCAUGUAAGUCAGUGCCCACCAUCCUGAUGGUAACAGCAGCUUCUCCCCAGGCAAGUGCCACCGUUGCAGAGGCCUCCAAGUCGUCAGAGACACCACGGCGCUCCGGAAAAGCCACCAGGAAGAAGAAGCAUCUGGAACCCAAAGAGGACAACUGCGGCCAUAGGGGUUCCUCACGUGACUGGCGGGGCCCUCCAUCCUGGGAGAAUCCCAGUCAGAAUGACUGGGAAAUCCAAAGAGCUCUCCAGCUCCUGGGGGACCGGGAAUCCCUCUAUACUCCCCAGAACCGGAAUGGCUGGGGGUGCCCCAAUAACACUAGGUUUCCAAGGGGCUUGGAUGUCCCCAGCACUUCACAUGAUCAGGGGUUCUGUGAUGGUUCAGGGGCUUCUCAGCCAUGGAUGGUCUCUGAGGUCCCACGUAUCUUUCCGGGAUCCAGUGAUGCUCAGGAGGACUCCAAUGGGGAGAGUCAGCAAUUGUCUCCCUUAGAUGAGAGAGCAGAUGCGUUGGUGCAGUUUCUCUUGGUCAAAGACCAAGCCAAGGUGCCGGUCCAGCUCUCGGAGAUGGUAAAUGUUGUCAUCCGAGAAUAUAAAGACCAGAGCUUAGAUAUCAUCAGUCGUGCGAACGCUAAGCUGGAGAGCACCUUCGGUUGUCAACUGAAGGAAGUUGACACCAAAACUCAUUCUUAUAUCAUCGUGAGAAAGACGGGGAACACUCAGUGUAGUUUGCUGGCAUCCUAUUUAGACAGGCCAAAGUUCAACCUCCUGAUGGUAGUCUUGAGCCUCAUCUUUAUGAAAGGCUACUGCAUAAGGGAGAAUCUGCUCUUUAAUUUCCUGUUCCAGUUAGGGCUGGACGUCCAGGAAACAAGUGGUCUUUUCAGAAGUACAAAGAAGCUCAUCACCAGUGUGUUUGUGAGACAUAGGUACCUAGAGUACAGGCAAAUCCCGUUCACUGAGCCAGCAGAGUAUGAGCUUCUCUGGGGUCCGCGGGCAUUUCUUGAAACCAACAGGGUGCAUAUCAUGAGGUUUUUGGCUGCUCUCUACCAGAACCAGCCCCAGACCUGGUCAUACCAGUACCUUGAGUCAUUGGGAGAGUUAGAAUACAAAGACACGAAUGAGGAGUCCCAUGACAGCGACGACGAUUCUCAUGACCCGACCAGCAGUCCUCAUCCUCACUAAUAGGUGUUACUAAGAUGAUCUUAUUCCUGUGGGUUCCGUGCCAAAGGCAACAGACAGUGGGGGGUGGGGGAACAUUGUGCUUUCUGGUGUUUUUGGUAUUGUUCUGUGUGUGUACGUUUAAAUUUUCAGCCUGUUUUUAUAUUUGCCAAAGUUUUUGUACAGUCUUCUGAGAUGUUGACCUAACCUUGCUGCUAAACUGUAUUUUGGCAUCUGUAUUUUUAAAAGAGAUCUGUGGUUCUCUGUUUUGUGCCUAAUUGUUAUGUUUUAGUAUCAGGGUUGUGCUGCCUUUGUGAAAUGAAGUGACAGUCUAUUCCUCUCAUUCUGUUUACAUAAAAUCAUAAUAGUCAAUUUUUUGGUUGUAAAUAUGACUCAUCGGUAAAAUAUUGUCUGGGGAAAAGUAAAGAUCUAUAUCUAUAUAAAUAUAC